AUGAAGGUGAUCACUAUUGAUAAAAAUGAAAGUGCCAUCAGUGUAUGCAGGAGGGUGCUAAAAGGCUCAGAAACUGAUGAAAGAAUUCAAGAAACGGAAACAGCUGUCGAUGGUACUGUAUGGACAAAAAUUGCCGAAGUGCCCCGGAAAUACUUGCCGCCCGUGGUUCGACCUUACAAAGUAGCCCUGACAUUGGCCUGCAUGGAAUUGGCGUCCGGGAUCGCGCUGUCCUUGUUGGCUUUGUGGCUUCUGAUGUGGGCACCCAAUGCGGACCCAAGGCAUAAUCCUUAUUGGAGUGGACUCACUCUUGCUCUUUCUGGUGGAUUAAGCCCAUUGAUGUUAAGCUGCUGCCGAAAGGAAUAUCCUGGAUCUAAUGAAUAUUGUGUUGCAGCUUUCAAGAUCAUCUGCAUUUUAGCUAGUGCUUUAGCUACAGUAUUAUGCUUCGUGGCUUGCCUUUACGCAGUUCUGCACCUGAACUCCUUAUCAGAUAUGACAUGUGAGCCUGGUAACCUGAUGAACACAACCUGCAUGUGCCGCCCAUCUGGUGAACUGAUCGCCCCCGAAACUCGAGCUGAAGCCAGGACUCAAUUUAAAACAUUGGAUUUAAAUAAAGACAAGCUCCUCAUUCAAAAUGUGACGGAAUCCCAUACAAGGAAUGAUAUGACAGUAUAUUGGUAUCAUUAUAAAGAUUUGAAUUGUCAAGAUGUCCAAGGGCCGUGGACAGCAUUGAUGUACGUUUCUGCUAUGUUAAACGGAGUAGGAGUUGUCGUUUGUUCAGUAUUUCUGUAUUUGUUCUGGGCCAGCCGAAAAGAAUACAAGUACGCCAAAGUCAAAACGAGAGACAACCAGAACAUCGUCAUCCACCAGGCUGACUCAUGAUGUCUCUGAGGGAUUUUAUUGUUUUGUACUUAAGGAUUUUAUGAAAUUUUUAUUUAGGAAAAUGCAUUUCAAUGUUAAAAACAGUGUUCAUCGUUCGAAUGAAUGUAUAUCGUCCAUAUUGUGUUGUAUAAUUAGUUUGUAAAUUAAUAUUGUUAAUUAUAGAUAGUGAACGCUAUAAAAUGCUUUUUAC